AGGCCAUUUUACUGUCAUGUCAGGCAAGUGACCUUGCCUUAAACAGUGGUGAGGCUGCAUGAAGUUCACCUUGUUUCAUAAACAUUGUGGUUUUGUGUGUACCAGCUACUUAGCAUAAAAACACCACAAGAAAUAAAACUUCUAAAUUUCCCUCCCCACCUCCCGCCCCCAAUAAACUAAAGAUGGACUGGUCGAUAGACCACUUCUGAGUUCCAAAAACCGUCACUUCCAAAAUGACACCAAGUGCACAACCUUUGUUGUGGAAAUGAGAUUUAUUCCCAUGAGAAUAAAGAAUCACUCCCAUAUCAAAGGCUGAGCACUUAACUUCCUUUUGAUACAGAGGCCAGUGGUAACUUAGAAUUGGCCUAUUUUAAGAUGGCACUUGGCCACUAAUUAAGUCAACUUGUGAGGCCCCCUUUCAGGGUAAAUUCUAACAUCCCACAUGGCCUUGAAACAGUGACACAAGGCAGAUGAAAUAGCACCAUAGACAUGAAGAUGAAUAUCAAAACCUGUGACCACAUUGAGAAAAAUCACAAGUACAAGAGUAAAAUACUGACAUCCAUGGUCUACUUUUCCAUUCGUGAAACUAACACUUGUGAAUUCAGGUAUAGGGACAUAAUUACGCACCCUUAGAGGGAAUCUUAUCAAAAGAAAAGCUUAUAAAACAAAAUUUAACAGUUGAUUGGAAGAUUACAGUGUACUGGGUUCAGUCACUCGAAUGCAGUUAAUUGUAAUAGAUAGAAGUAAUCACUGUACUUGUGGCAAGGAAUGAAGUUCUGUAUGUGAGCCUGGGACAGAUUACCUUUACCAAACUGCAUGAUUCUGGGCUCUAGCUCCUUACAGACGACAAAAUAACCUUUCAUUUUUUUACUGUAAAACCAACUUUGUCCCUUAAAGGGCAAAUCAGGGGUAGUAAUAUAGCUUGGUGGGAGGUCCCGGCAUGCCUGUAUUCACCCUUUUUGGAUGAAAAAUUAAAGAAACAUGAUACAUCUUUCAACUGAAUGGUGGAAGUUUUCCUUAGUUGAUUUGUACCCAAUGUUUCCUUGAAACCUAUUUUUAGCAGCAGAACUUGAGGUCUCAGAGUAUUAGAGUAGACUACUUUAUGUUUUCAAGGACAGGAGCGUACCUUCAAGUUGGGAGAGGACUUAUUAGAAACAAUGUCUCACCAAACAAGGAGGCUGCAUACAGAAACAUUUUGAAUACUACUGGUAAAAUGGUGGUGUGACCCUUAAUCAGCUUCUACAUCCAUGAAGUCUAGACCAAUUUAGUUGGGUAGCUAACUCAAAAUUUGUCAUUCAACACAAGAUAACAUUUGUCAUUCUCCUUUGGGUAGUUCUCAGCACUAAUUGAGAACCCUUAAGAAAAUCAUUUGACAGGGAUUAUUCCAGAAGAAAAAUUCCAGAGGUUACAUUGAGCGAUAGUAUUUACUGCCUUAUUUAACAGGGGUUAAAAAGAACAUUUUUUUUUACAAAUCACUAUUUUACAUUGAAAGGUGAUGAAUGAUGUUGUGGG